AUGGGUUUCCUCCCUCUCACCUACCGUCGCCCGGUGUACGUCAACAACUCGGCUGGCGAGAGCUCCUCCGAUGUCUCUGACAGCGGCGAUGAGAAGCAGAGCAGCAGCUCUUUGUCCUUGCGCUCCGGCAAGUCCGGCCCGCCCCAGGGCAUUCCCGAGUCGCUGGCCUUUGACAAGAUCAUCAACGGCGGCACCUGCCCUCCAUGCACUGUGCGCGACUUCAUGAACUACCUCAUUUACAUUGAGCACGCGGCGGAAAACCUGCAGUUCUUCCUCUGGCACCGAGACUAUCAGAAGCGAUUCGGAGAGUCCAAGACUUCGGACAUGUCCCUCGCUCUGGAAUGGACCGAGGCCAUGGAGACCGAAAUCCUCCAGCGCAUGUCCAAGGAGAAGACGCAGAGAAUGCGCAAGAAGCCUGGCCAAGAGAUCUUUAAAGGAACGGAUUUCGAGAAGAAGGGUGCCGUGGCUGCUAUUGUCCAAGAGUCUUCUAACUCGAACCCUUUCUCGACCCCGCCCAGGACCCCCGACGAUCAGGAGGAGUCCGUCUACACCGGGUCUCACGGCGCUUCGAACGCCGACUCGUACCGCUCCCAGGCCAGCGAUGCCUUCGCUGCCGUGGGCGCCAAACAGCCCUUUACGAUUCAGCCAUUCCGCGAGGAGAUGGACCGUGUCAUUGCCACAUACAUCAUGGAAGGAGCCCCGCGACAGCUCAAUCUUUCAGCCAAGGAACGUGAUGCCACUCUUCACGCCCUCGCUUACACCACCCACCCUAGUGCUUGCCGCCUCGCAAUAAAGGUUAUUGAGAACUCGCUCCGCCAGCAAGCACACCCUAACUUCAUUCGAUGGUCGAUCUGCAACGGCAACCCCGCUCGCGUCUUCUUUGCUCGCGCUCUUGGUGUCGGUCUCAUCGCCAUUGCUUUCGUCGUCGCCAUCCUCAUCACCCUCAGCCAUGCAGGCCGCGGCUGGCGCGCGCUGGCCGCCAUCGGAUGGGUUUUGGGCAUCUCGACUUUGGUCGCAGCCUACAAGGGCAUGUGCGUCGUUCUGCACGGUAUGCAUCACCGCCACGUCCGGCCUUGGGAGCUGUUCGUCGACGAGGAGAACGAGGACGAGCGGAACAAGACCUCGUUCGAAUCUUUCGGAUCGACCAAUAGCUACGAGUCGGAGCCCUGGAUCAUCAAGUACGAGAAGCGCAACAUCGUCCGCAAGGUCUUUGACCGCGAGGUAUGGAUUGAGGAGCCUGCUCUGCGUACUAUCCAGGAUACCAUCUUCUUGCAGGCUAUGCUCUGCGCUGUGCUCGUUGGUGGUAUCUUUACCGCCAUCUUUGUUGCGAUUCCCACGCACGGUUACUUCUAA